AACAACUGGUCUACACGUGUCCUCAACUUAUCAUUACGAAACCUCUCAUCAUCACUUGAAUAUAUACUCACCUUGCUCUUCUUUAUUUACCAAAAAAUAAAAAUGGAGGAAUCAGCAAAACCAUUAAUUAUUGGACUCCAUUGUAGCCAUACUAAUAAGCUCCCCCGCCGUCUCGUAAUUUCCCUGUGCCUGCUUCUAAUCUUCGGAACCGCCGCCGCCGGCGGAAGGGAUUAUAAGGUGGGCGGCAGGAGGGAGGUGAAGGACGUGCAGAGCAACCAAGAGGUCCAGGACUUGGGGAGAUACUGUGUUCGACAGUACAACGAGGACCGCCGCCGCCCCCCCACCGCCCCACUGCUCAGCUUCUCCGAGGUGGUCGAGGCGGAGACGCAGGUGGUUUCCGGGAUCAAGUACUUCCUCAAGAUCUCCGCGGCUUCCGUGUCCGGCGGCAACUCCGGGAGGGCUAAUUAUUAUGAUGCCGUUGUUCUGAUCAAGCCGUGGGGGGCCGAGUCGAAGGUUCUGCUGGACUUCGGGCCUAGCAGAACAAAUAUGUGACCCGUUAUGAUCAGUAUAGACUCUGGAGGAAGAAUAAAGUUGUCUCUGUUACACUUGAUUUGUAAGUUGAGAUACAAAUUUAGUGUGAUUGUAGCACACUUCAAUAACUUCAUAAAUAUUGCACCGGAUUAUAUUAUGAUCUAAUAAUCCCUAGUGCCGGCCUGAAAAUGAGGAAAAAAUAAGAAAAACAUUGUGCAAAA